AUGGAAGAUUCAAUAUGGAAGAUUCAGUGAGGAAGGUGAAGAGACCCCGCAGUACCCGAUAACGAUAUGCCCCUCCUUAUCAAUAUGCACCUGCAAGGUAGGUACAUGUACCUAAUUACCCCACGGUUGCUCACUACUAGGUACUAUGUAUUGGAACAAACGCGACUUCCUAGACGCGUUAAUAGGUACCAACAAUAGGUACCAACAUGCUGGUUUACAAUAUUUUAUAUUUUACCUAAAAUUCAAGGAAUCUAUUCCGCAGUCAAAGUCAAAUACCACUAACAAUUAUACUGAACAAUUGUGUAUUGAUUUUGAAUACCCCCCUAAUCCUCUGGUCUUCACCACCCACAAAAACAACAAUGUCUGCCGUCGCACGAAGACGAGGGCUUCAAUCCGCCUCUGAGCGGAACCAUCCCCGCGUAGCUUCGCAUACUUUGGAGCCUCUUGAAUUACCAGACUACGAACCACCUUCCUGUCCCUUGAAUAUCGAAUCCAUACGCGAACUCACCCGCCUUGCCAACAACAAGGAGACGCGAAAGUAUGAAGAGCAACUAAAGCGCAGCCUCGAGCUCCUUGGUGACAGUGUGCGCGACAUCAACGAUCGAUACAUCGCACGCAAGGAGACCCUCAAGAGCCUACAAGAGCGACGGGGCGCAGAUGGCGAAAAGAGCGACCGCGAGCGCGCCUUAGAGAAGAGCGUGCUAAUGCUAAAAGAGGAGGUACCACAACUAUCCGAAGCAUGCGACCACGCCGUGCGCAGCGUUAUCGACCUGAAGAUCGAGCUCGAGGACUACAGUACCGCACUAAAAGAAACGGCGCUCAAGGCUGAAGUCGAGGCUGUACAGAGGCGACAAAGCCAGGCCCAGAAUGACGAUGACGACGCGGCGGCUCCUGAAGUCACGGGCCCGAUAAAGUUGCUGCAGGAAGCGAAGGAUGCGGCAGCGGCGGAAUACGCAUCGAAGAAUUUGUACGAGAAGUACGGCAUCAACAAUGAUUACAUCGGCUUCAAGCGUCUAUGGCAUGAUGCGGCACACGGUAGCGACGGAAAGCCCUUGCCUGACGCUUCGAAGUGGUUUUCGCGCAAUGGAGGUGAGGGAGAGCAGGACGAAGACGACGAUCUAAUCGUCGCGGAAGAGCACAUGGAUAUACACUGCCCGCUGUCUAUGGCAGUUAUGAAAGACCCUUACACGAGUAAGAAGUGUAAACACACGUUCGAGAAGGAUUCUAUUGUGCAAUUUCUCCGAUCGCAGGCGGGUAGACGGGCACGUUGUCCACAGACGGGAUGCAAUAAGGUACGUAACAUAACUUACACACUUGCUAAGUAUUAUUGGUGUUUUGAUGAGGAGGACUAACAUGAAAUGCAGGAAGUCUCGAUCUCGGAUUUCCAGCCCGACCCGAUUAUGCUCCGAAAAAUCAAACGGCAACUGGCGGCGCAACAGCAGAACAACAGUGAUGGAGAAGAUGACAGCGGUGGUGAAGAGGGCGAAGAGGAAGAAGCUGCUGGUGACGGUUCGGUUAAGUCAGAGGAUGAAGAUGAAGAGAUGAGGGAUGAUGAUGACGAAGGAGAC